AUGCUAGUGCCGAGCAACUGGCUAGAUCUUCGUCGUGGGUUGGGAAAUUUGACCGAUUGGCACCCCUAACAGUCCUCUACCUCUUCUCGUGUGAACUCUCCCUGCAAUCCGUUUAUAUCACUACAUUCCCUCCGAGAUCUUUCAACGUUUUCCUCUGCGCACGAGUUGAUUUCCUUCUCAGACUCCGAGUCGAAGUUGUCGUUGGUGAUGGGUGUCCCAAGUUUGCGGUAGUGUUCUACUAGUACUUCCCGCUUUCCUUUAGAACUGCUUACCUACCAUCUUACCCUCGGCAGAUCGUAGUGUCGCUAUUCUCGUGUCUCCUUCUUUUCUUGCCCACCAUCCCUUGAAUUCCUACCCACAUUUGCUUCAUCCCCCCCUCAAAAUCUUCGUUAGUCUGUUGGACUACUUCCUCCCACAACGCUUUCUUCUUCUUCACCACCAACUCCUUUACCCUCUUUCUAUUUUCAACAUACUCCUUGCAUCCUGCAUCGGUUUUCCCUGCCGCAGAUUUUGCGUGUGACUCUCUACGUACUCGAAUUGCUUGCUUGAUUUCUUCGUCCCACCACUUCACUGCUCUCUUACAAACUAUCAACUUUCUACCGAGAACUCUACUUGUCGUUGUGUUUACCAGCUUUUCCCACCCUUCUAUGAUUCUAGAUCCGGCAUGGUCCCGACCUUUGGCAUCCUUCGGUGUGCCCAUUGCCUCUAUCAACUCCGAGAGUUUCUUGUCGUUUACAGCCAUCUCUUCUUGAAACUCUACCCUCAUUUCUUCUACUUCUAGCUUAUCUAUUCUCCAUCUGUACAUUUUCCUGCGUCGCCUACUCUGUAUGACUCUCGUCUGUUGUAGGGCUGUCCACACCAACGUAUGGUCUGUAGUGCCUUCAUCCGUUGUGCAUACUCGUACUUCCGUCUCUUUCCCCUCAUUCUUUACGACUAUGUAGUCAAGGAUGGAGCGUUCUCCUUUUUUUAAACACUGCCUAGUCCAUUCCGGUUCUGUCUUUCGUACCAUACCGUUCAACACCUUCAUCUCGCUACUGUCAAGGAACCUCAGCAUUUCUUCCCCGUUUUUGUUCGUGGCUCCCUCCCCAUAUUGCCCGAUGGCUCCGUGUGGGUUCGUGGUUCGCCCGAUUCUUGAAUUGAAGUCCCCAACUAAAACUACUUCUCCCUUUCUCUUGAAGUUUUGUACAUCCGCUGCUACCUCCUCGAACCCUAUCUUGAUGUCCUUCACCAUNAACCUCAGCAUUUCUUCCCCGUUUUUGUUCGUGGCUCCCUCCCCAUAUUGCCCGAUGGCUCCGUGUGGGUUCGUGGUUCGCCCGAUUCUUGAAUUGAAGUCCCCAACUAAAACUACUUCACCCUUUCUCUUGAGGUUUUGUACAUCCGCUGCUACCUCCUCGAACCCUAUCUUGAUGUCCUUCACCAUAUUCUUCGACUCUGGUGGUAUAUAUACACUUCCUACGAACAAGUCCUUCCUUCCCCGUUCCCCUGGUACCCUUAUCCACAUGCUUUCGUUAAAUUUGGUGUCGCUGAUCACCUCAAUUACGUCGCACAUGUGCUCCUUGACUAAGAUCAAACUUCCCCCUCCCCUCUACUCUUGAUUUUCUGUCCUCUCCUCAUUUUACCUAUCCAUGUGUAGCUUCCCACUUCUUUUCCUAUUUCUCCCCGUCCUUCUCCCACGACUCUUGGACUCCGACUAUAUCCAGGUCUUUUUCAGCUGCUUGCUCGGCAAUUUCGAGUCUUUUACGCUCAUCUGUGGCAAACCCNUCAAACUUCCCCCUCCCCUCUACUCUUGAUUUUCUGUCCUCUCCUCAUUUUACCUAUCCAUGUGUAGCUUCCCACUUCUUUUCCUAUUUCUCCCCGUCCUUCUCCCACGACUCUUGGACUCCGACUAUAUCCAGGUCUUUUUCAGCUGCUUGCUCGGCAAUUUCGAGUCUUUUACGCUCAUCUGUGGCAAACCCGCAUACAUUCCAAGACCCUAGUCUGAUGUCCUUCCUACUUUCUUCUUUCCCGUGCCUUUCAGGAUUCCUUCUGUCCUUCGUUCGCCUUCCCUUCUGCCUUAUCCUUUCGCUGCUCCCCCCUUCCCCUACUUUGGCUUGCUUUCCCUUUUGAUCCUUUCGAACCUUCUGCCCCCCUUUGUUUUCAGCCAGCCUUGGGCUACGCCUUACUUCCUGGAUCUUAUUUGCUAUGCGCACCCUCCAACCUAGUCUCCUCACCCACGCCGACAUCUUCUCUACUUCCAGCCUUUCCCAUUCUGCGCUUACUCUCCUUCCAAACGUGAUUUUAAAGUGGUUUUCCUUUCCUUUCUACCCCCCCCCGUGCGAAGCAAUAUAAUCCUACUUCUUCACAUAUACUUUUGAACUCCAACCUUGUCAUGUCGUUAUUGACCCCAAAUAUCAACACUACCAGUACUGCACAUUUCCAUUCUCUCUUUCUCCACCCUUUGUGCCUUGUCGUCUCCCUCCUUAUCUCUUUCGAGACUAUCUCGUUGUUUUUGUUUGAAGUGGGAUGCUUUCAAAUUACUGGGACUUCCCAAUCCUAGUACUUGUUGAGGGUCUGGUGUCUUUCAAUUCUAAGGCCGGCUCACCGACACUUAAAAGUGCCUCCAACAUAGGCUCAUAGCCUGGAGCCAAGUUCAACACCCUUAGCACAAGUACCCCAAGUUUGUGCCAGGCGAUCUGCAUGGUAACCAACCCAAGCGUCCCACGACCGUAUCUUCUCUCUACUUGCCCCAGCUGCUGUACUGGGUACUUUCCUCCGGGGAGGUCAUUUUCCCCAUGUAGGGUUCAAGGGUGGCUUGCAUAACAGAAGGUCUCACUCACACAUCGGGAUGUCCGUCUCUUCCUUGAUUUUUAUGACAUACAGACAUAAAAAUCUCCUCCUCGUAGACGCCAGAGAGCACUACCUUCCCUGACGGCGGUCUGAGUCGACCCAGGGUUGAUAAAUGAGUCAUGGUCAUCAACGUUUGGAUGGUACACCAUGGGUAGCUACCCCACUUCGCUGCCGAAAGCUUGACCAACAAUCCCCCAACACUAUGUACCGGCGUCUAUCCUUCAAGCUUCAAGAUAUCUACGUACCGCUUGGUGCUCCUUCUCUUUUGGGUCAUUUGGUCGGUCAUUUAAAAACAAGGUUCUUGAGUAUGUUAGGUCUGACAUUUUGUCUUGCAUUAUCCACCCCUCUCCUUGCGGGGAAUUCAGGAUAGUGUCUGACCAGAUUCCCACCGCCCCAUGGGAACCGGUAAUGUUUUACGGUUAUCUCACCAGAGUCCCCAACCUUGAUGUGCAUCGCACAGUUGACAAAAGGGAUUGCUGUGUCUAUAUUUAUGCUUCGUUUCCGUUUUCGUGUUGGUGUGUAAGGUGGCCAAUAAGCUUCUACUCUUGCUUAAUUUUGCGUUCAACUGUGAAAAGGAAAAAAAAAAAAUGAUAAGCGUCUGGAAAUGUAUUUCGUUGAAUUCAGUUAUUUCAUAUCUGACUUGUCAUGUUUGUGUUACUUUGUGGGAAAAUAUAAGGUCGGUUAGUUCAGCUCUUUCAUGUCUGGCUUGGCGGGUUUGUGUUACGGCAUGGGAAAAAUAAACAGUUGGUUCGUUCAGCCAUUUCAUGUCUGGCUCGUCAGGUUUGUGUUACGGUACGGGAAAAUAAAAAGCCGGUUAGUUCACUUUUACCAUGUCUAGCUUGUCAGGUUUCUGUUACGGUAUGGGAAAAUACAAGGUCGGUUAGUUCAGCACUUUCAUGUCUGGCUUGGCGGGUUUGUGUUACGGCAUAGGAAAAAUAAACAGUUGUUGGUUAGUUCAGUUAUUUCAUGUCUGGCUCGUCAAGUUUUUGUUACGG